AUGUCCAACCUCGUAGACGUCACGUCUCCCGAGCACUUUAAAGAGCUCCUCUCGGCGGAUCUCAACAGGGUAUCAUGUCUGAACUUUUGGGCGCCAUGGGCGGAGCCAUGUGCUGCGUUUACCGAGGUGGUGAAGAGUGAGGCGGGCAAGUUCUCGAGUGUGCUGUUCUUGAAUAUCGAAGCCGAAUCAAUGGCCGAUAUAUCCGAGUCGUUUGACAUCGAGGCCGUGCCUUCGUUCUUGCUCCUACGUGGUCACACCCUCCUAGCCCGCCACUCCGGGGCCGAUGCCGCCCUCCUUCACUCCCUCCUCACCCAACACGCCGCCUCUGCCCCCUCUUCAGCCCCCUCCGCACCACUCUCAUCGUCUACCGCCACUCCCGCUGCUGCGCCCCAUCAACGUACCGAGGCCGAGAUCGAAGCGCGCUGCAAACAGCUCAUGAAUAAGCACAAGGUCAUGCUGUUCAUGAAGGGCAACCCGUCUGCGCCCAAGUGCGGGUUCUCGCGCCAGACCGUCGGGCUGCUCAGGGAGAAAGGGGUUGAGUUUGCCUGGUUUGAUAUCUUCUCGGAUGAGGAGGUUAGGCAGGGAUUGAAGAAGGUCAAUGAUUGGCCUACUUUCCCACAGAUCAUCCUUAAUGGCGAACUUGUAGGCGGACUGGAUAUCUUCAAGGAGAUGGUGGAGGAUGGGACAUGGGAUGAGAUGUACAAUGGAGAGGAAGAAGGGGAUGAGGAGGAGAAGUGA